GUACAUCUGUUUUUGUUUAAUGUGACAGUCUUAUUAUGAUCGGUUAGCGCCCAGUCUUCACUUAUUCUUGAAUAGGAACUCAAGUCGAUACAAUGACGACGAAUUGCGUACUACAGCUUGAUUUUGACCAGAUAGAGUCGGACGAUUUGCCGUUAAAAUUGUCCGCAUUAACCCAUGCAGCACGGAUAAGUCGAUGUGAAACUAAAUGUUGUUUAGGACCCGCAGGGGAUGGAAAUUCAGAAGUUUCCUCACAAAAGUCCAAUGAAAAUUCAUUGAAAAAAAGUAGUGGAAACACCCCGCCCAAGCCUCGCAAAUCAAAUUUAAGCUUAAACACGAGUGAGCAGCCAGUUUCCCCAGUAAUCCAUAAGCCAAUUGACUAUGAAGCCUACGACAGAUAUGCUUCAUCGAAGCUUUCUGAGAAGCAGCGUCGGAGCCUGGUACGGAAGGAGCUUGAAGAAAAGCGCCAACAGUUCCUGCUCCAGCAGAAGGCCAAAAGCCAGCAGCUUAUACAGUUGCAACACACAGAAGAGUCCCCGAACGAUGUAAAAUUUAGAAUCGAACAACUCAUCCUCCAAGAAGCCGAGACUCUAGCGUCUGAGCUAAUCGCGGAAAACGAGAGACGCGUUCGCGAGCAGGAAGAAGAAAACAGGAAAUACAUUGAGCAGCUCAAAGUACAUCAUGCUGUCCGCCAACAUCAUGCACUUCUCAAAGCCAUCCACGCGUUUCAAUUAACCUUUGAAGAGAAAUAUGACGAAUUCAGCAAGAAAAUUCGUACGACGAAACCCUCGGAACGGAUUGAAAAGCUCAAACAGGCCAUAAUCCCGCUUCUGAUGAAGUACAAUGCCCUGAACGAGAAAAUGAGGAAGGCUAUGAACGAAAUAGAUUCAUCAGAUUUACAACUAAUCGAGCAGCUUGUGGCAGACAUAGACACGCUUCGGAAGCAAUUCGAUGCAGAUUUACUCGCCGAUGCGGCAGAAACUGUGGUUGACUCGUCAACGCCAACUAUAGUUCCGGAAUCACCGGCACCCGAGCCGGUUGCAGAGAAACCAAUUGAACAGGCACAACCACAAGCGCAGUUUCCUCAGCAACAACAACCCCAAAUCACGGCAAUUGAGCAGUCACAACCAAGUAGCAACCCUCCUCCCCCCGCACCUGCGCCCAGUGAAGAUAUCGGCCGCAAUCGCUUCGUUUCACCAGAGAAUUUAGCGUGGUACAAUAACAUAAAUGCUUUCUACCAUAGCAAAGUGGAAGGCGUGAAGCCACUGCAGGCAAACGAGGUAAUGAAGAAAUAUCGCUCGAAUUGCCAAAAGGCUGUCAAUAUACCGGUGAAUGCAAUUUCGGCUGUGAGUCCUGAACAUCUGCAGGACAAAUAUGAUAAGUUGUACGGCUUGAUUUCGGGGGCCACAGUGAAUACUUCGGACGGACCAAUCAGUGUCAUGGAUCACCCCCUUGGACGGGAUUUCUGCCUGCUACUUCUGGCGAAGAAGUUUGUGAGCCAAGGCGAUUCAACUGUUUCAAGCAAUCCGCAAGCUGCCUUUCCGAUUGCCGCUAUAAUAGUUUCGAUUUGGCAGAAGGUUCCCGAAUUCGGUCAACUAUUCCUAGCGUACACUUUCAAGGAAAGUCCUUACCUCGUUCCAUACUUCAUGACACAAGUUGAAGGCCAGCCAGUAGAGGAAUACCUCAAGACCCUUGGUUAUCGAUUCCCUGGAGGCGCACUAGAGAAGCAAGACAUGUACUUAAAACGACAAAGUGGUCUCAUAAAACUUUAUGCAGCCGUGAUGGUAACGAAGCCCCGACCCUCUGAUGGAAACGUUCAUCCAUUUGGAAUCGAGCAUGGAUGGCGGUGGCUGAAUAAUAUACUGAAUUUGGAACCGCUACCUGAUAUAUGUGCCACUCUUAUCCUGGGUUUCUUACAAACCGCUGGCUUUGAAAUGCUGAGGAUUUAUCGGAAUCAAUUUCUAAAAUUACUAAGGACUCUGCAAAAUCAAUACAUGCAACGACUGAGUAAAGUUGACGAAGGCGGCCCUAAGGCGCGACUUGAAGUGUUUCUUAUGAAAGUAAUUAAAGAGAACACAAUUGAAAAGCCCCCCGGGCUCUUGGCUCCGAAUUUCUGGUAGUUUCUAUAGCCUAAAUGCGCGUUUAUAUUAUAAAUUAUCCAAAACGACUUAUAUAAAAAAUGUCACCUGCGUCAUUACAAAUUGUAGUAAUCUGUAAAUUAGUUUAAAUUUUGUUUCAAUUUAAAUACAUGUUUUUAUAAAAACUUGUUCUUUUUAUUGCAUCGUGAUUGCAUCGUGCAUUUGUUAACAGGAUGAGCACUAGAGCAUUAGACUCUUGCUCGGAUAUAACAUGUUCAACUAGCGAAACAUCAGUCGCCGAUGGAACAAGCGACGACUUCAAAGAUGAAAAAGAGAACUGCGAUCAAGACCAAACUGAAUUCAGUAAAUUAUCCAAGACAUCCGAAAACUUGUUAAAAAUCGAAGCAAUAACCCAUAAUCUAGCAGAGCAAAUUCAUGUGGCUAAUGAGAAAGCGGCUCGCCUGUGCAGUCAUAGAAAGAAGGUAAAACAGGGAGACGCAAUGCUUACUGAGGAGUCGACUCGGCGAAUAGCCACUUCACAGUUUUUUGAAGACAAUAAAAAUCGCUAUCUACUGCGAUGGGAAGAGCACGAAUUACAAUUAGGAAAACUGCGUGAGGAACAGUUAAAAAUUCAAGAGAAUAUCUUUGGAAAAGCAGAGAAUAUUGACUGAAGUGGGAUUUGGUUGGUUCGUUUAGUUUAUUCAUUUCGAAUAAAACUGUUUCGUAAACAUUUA